CCUGGCGGACCGCGAAGAUGGCGGCGCCCAUGGAGGUGGCGCUGGUGACGGACGCGGCGGGGCCGCUGUGCAACUGCUCGGCCUGGGAGCUGCACUCGGGCUCGGCGCUGCCCGGGUACCGCGGCGGUAACAGCGGGCCCCGGGCGCUGGCGCUGCUGGGCGGCGAGCACCUGCUGGGAGCGCAGCUCGGCAAGAGCUACAUCAACGUCUGGGAGCUGCAGAGGAAGGACCAGCUGCAGCAGAAGAUCAUCUGCCCCGGGCCGGUGACCUGCCUGACGGCCUCUCCCAACGGCCUCUACAUCUUGGUCGGGGUUGCCGAGAGCAUCUACCUGUGGGAGGUCUCCAACGGGAACCUCCUGGCCAUCCUGAACCGACACUACCAGGACCUCACAUGCCUCUGCUUUACAGACGACAGCAGCCACUUUCUCUCAGGGGCUAAGGACUGUUUGGCCCUGGUGUGGAACCUUUACAGCGUCCUGCAGGCAGAGCCCUCCCAGAUCCCUGACCCACGCCACGUGUGGUCCCGACACAGCCUCCCCAUCACAGACUUGUGCUGUGGCUUUGGAGGGCCCUUGGCACGAGCUGCCACAGCCUCCCUGGACCAGACAGCGAAGCUCUGGGAAGUCUCCUCUGGGGAGCUCCUGCUUUCUGUGCUCUUCGACGUGGGCAUCAUGGCUGUGACUCUUGAUCUCUCCGAGUACCACAUGUUCUGCGGUGGCAUGGACGGAUCCAUCUUCCAGGUUGACCUCUGUGCCUGGCCGGUCCAGAGAGACCGGACCUUCCAGACGGAGCGGGAGAACGGCAAGGUCUUCAAAGGGCACAGGAGCCAGGUGACGUGCCUGUCAGUGUCCACGGAUGGCAGCCUCCUGCUUUCGGGCUCGCACGAUGAAACAGUCCGGCUGUGGGACAUCCAGAGCAAGCAGUGCCUCAAGACGAUGAAUCACAAAGGUGCGGUUACGAACGCCUUCAUCGUGCUGGCCCCUGCCAACAUGCUCAACCCCGACGGGAAGCCCAGCACACCCCUGCCCAAGUUCAGCAAACACCUGCACGGCACCGAGAGCAGCGACGAGCAGGGCAGCGAGGGGCUGACGCUGCGCCUGGGCCUCCACCAGCAGGAAUCUGGAGAAAGCUACCUGGAGAAGGCCAGGAAAAUGUACUCACAGAUGUACUCCACAAGGGAAAAGAACCUGGUGGGAGACCAGGAGCACCUGACGAUCCAGGUGAGUGAGCUGGAGGAGGAGGUGAGCACCCUCCGCAAGAUCAACAAGAACCUCUUCGACUUCUCCGCCCGCAUCAUCACCAAACCCACCAAAUGAAGCGGCAGCCGCUGCCCUCGCCCCCCCCCCCGCCUCUCCCUGCCCGGGGGCUCCGGCACACGCCUAUGGAGCUGGGCCUGGCAGCCCCCCCCCCGGUGCCAUGGGCCUGGGGCUGUGGGGGUAACUCGGGGACCGUUGUCAGCCCGAUUCACUGCUGGGGGCAGACUCAGAGCAUCCGGUUGCGGGAGGAGCAGCACCGGCUCCAAAGUGGGGCUCAGGAUGCAGCUCCUGCUCUUUCCCUGUCUCUUCCCUGGCCCUUUCCUGUUCUUUUUGUUACUUGACCCUGCGGUGCAGACGGAAGCGUGGGCUUUCUCCUAAAUAGGGGUUUGAGAUUGGAGUUUGGAGACCCCUUCCACCCAUCCCACCCUUGGGAAUGCUGCUCGGCAUCGCUGCACCCCUCACAGCUGGGACCCACUGGGGCUUGUUCCACACUCAUGACAGUGGGUCCUGAGCAGCUCCUGCUCCUGGAGGUGGGGGGGACAGGACAGGGGGACCAGGACUCUGCCCCAGGGUGCAGGGGGUGGUUUUGGGCCACGGGGCUGACUCCCGGGUGCUAUUUCCAAUCUCGUGAUGAUUUAUAUAUAUUUGGAUCCAGCUACUUUGGUUUUGGGGUGUUCUGGUGGGGGACUCGGCCUUUUGUAUCGUCAUGA